AUGUUGUCACACCGUGCCAGCAGCCCGGAAGUGCAGGAUCUCAACACCAGCCAUAUCAAGCAGUGGCGAUCGAUAAUUACUUUGAUUGUCUUUGUCCUGACGAACAUCAACGUCCUAUUUCCGUUCCAUAUACCUGUUUAUAUCCCCCGCGUACUGUGGACCGCGUUUCUCAAUGUCUUGAGCGCAUUGCGUAUUAUCCCUUUGCCCUGCCAUCCCACGCGGGUUCGAAAUGGCAAAGUUGGGGCUUUCGUGGUGUUCAGAUUCCCAAUGAACUUUUUUACGGCACCAUUGGUGGCUGAUCUGUUCCUACUCGCUAUCCUGGCUAUUGGCAAGAAGGAGGUACACGACGGCACCAUCGGAGCCCAUAACAUUGUACCGUACGACAUCAUGUUAUUUUUCCUCUCAUUGGCAUACAUUGCCAUCUCGGUCGACGCUUCCGGACUCAUUAGAUGGCUCGCAUUCAAAGUCCUACAGAAAGGAGGCAAAGUCGGCCAUCGGCUCUUCUUCUACCUCUACGCCUUCUUCUUUGGUCUCACCACUUUCAUUGGGAACGACCCAAUCAUUCUCUCGGGUACCGCCUUCCUCUCCUACAUGACGCGCGUAUCGAGCAACAUCAAGCAUCCCCGAGCUUGGAUACAUACCCAAUUCUCAGUAGCAAACAUUGCGUCUGCUAUUCUUGUGUCAUCAAAUCCAACAAAUUUGGUUUUAGCAGGAGCCUUUAAGAUCACUUUCAUCAAGUACACGGCGAAUGUUAUCGUACCUGUCCUUGCCACUGGGGUUGUCUUGUUUCCUUUCCUGCUCUACAUAAUAUUUCACGACGAAUCUCUGAUUCCAUCUUCCAUCAAGAUGGAGGAUCUCCCGGAGGAGCUCAAAAACAAGAAACCCAUCAACCCAAACAUUCCGUACGCGAAGAACGAGUUGGAUGAGCGCGAGAGCGAUCCAAACGGCAAUGACGAGCAAGAAAAACAACUAUCACUAGAGGAGAUUUUAAAUCCGUUCCUGGACAAGAAAGGCGCAAUGUUCGGUGCUGUCCUCAUGGCAGCUACGCUGAUCACGGUCCUUGCCAUUAACGCUGCUUCGCAGGGUACGCACGAGCGCCCGGUUUUCUGGGUCACAAUGCCCGCUGCUUUUGUAAUGUUCUGCUUCGAUCUCGGGAUGGGCUGGCUGAACCGGGAAGAGACACGGAAUAUAGCUCACGAGGGACGACGGAGAGUGGAGAACGUACAGGCAGAACGAGCAGAGGCGAGAAGGAAGUCGGUAGUGCAAGAAGAACUAGAUACGAGCGUAUCUUGUGAGUCGAACAAUUCAAUCGACGUACCAAAUGUCAAGUCGGAGUCGUCCACGACCGCGAUGCGCAGUGGAAAGCGUGGAGAGAACGACCAGGAGGUGGUGGAAAAGGAACAAACGCCGCGUGAGCCGGAGAAACUGGAGUCAAACUCAAAGACGGAGCCAACAACACUCGCAUCACUUAUCGCGGAUACUUACGCUUGGGCCCAAGCGACGUUUCCCACUACUAUGACUGUGUUCAACCACUUGCCUUUCACGCUGGUUCCGUUCGCUUUCUGCAUGUUUGUCAUGGUACAGGCCCUGGUCACGAAAGGCUGGGUUCCAGUUUUUGCACACGGCUGGGAUCACUGGGUAGAGAAGACCGGCACGAUCGGUGCGAUUGGCGGCAUGGGGUUCAUCUCCGUUAUCUUGUGCAAUUUCGCUGGCACAAAUAUCGGGACAACCAUUCUCCUAUCCAGAGUCAUCCAAGCGUGGCAGGAAAUCCACCGGCGAAACGGAACUGCCAUCUCUGACAGGACCUUCUGGGGAACGGUGUACAGCAUGGCUCUUGGAGUCAACUACGGGGCUUUCAGUCUUGCCUUCAGUGCAUCACUGGCCGGCAUGCUCUGGCGCGACAUCCUAGGGAGAAAGCAUAUACGCAUAGGUGGUCUCGAGUUUGCACGUGUCAACCUGCCAAUCAUCGCGAUAACCAUGGUCGUUGGCCUUACUGUUCUCACCGCACAGAUCUACAUCGUACGGGAUGGUUCUCCCUAUAAUGCAGUAUGA